AUGAAAGCAUUUGCCGGAGGGCAGGCUGCGGCAUACAAGAUGUUCGAAACAAUCAACAGGGAGCCUGAGAUUGACGCAUACAGCACGACAGGUAGGAAGCUGGACGACAUUCAGGGAGACAUUGAGUUCAGGGAUGUUUACUUUUCGUAUCCAACAAGGCCUGAUGAACAGAUCUUCAGUGGUUUCUCCCUUGCCAUACAGAGUGGCACAACUGUCGCACUGGUUGGGCAGAGUGGGAGUGGCAAGUCGACGGUUAUCAGGUUGAUUGAGCGGUUCUACGACCCUCAGCUCGGUCAAGUUCUGAUAGAUGGUGUUGAUCUAAGGGAGUUCCAGUUGAGGGGAUGCAAGUAA